UUCAAGUUAUCAUAUAUGGGAUCAGACCUUUAACUUAAUUCCUUAUUAAAAUAUAUCAACAAGAAAGGAAAUCCAUUUUUUUUUUUCCAUUCAAAACUUUUAGAAAAGAAGAAACUUGACGAGCUUUUAACUAAGUUAUCGUUUUCAAUAUUUAUCCUUGAUAGACUUAUAAAGUAUCAUCCACGAUGUAUCAAACUAACUACUAUCAUCAAAACUUGGGCACCGCUGGUCAUCGCGCCACUAGUUCCUAUAAUUAUUUACCCCAAUAUACUCCUAAUAACUAUUAUCAACCUAAUCAUCAUCAUUCCAAUUCAAUGUACUCUUAUAUGAGUGCUGCUCCUCCAGCUCAACCUUACCAAGCUAGUUACUUACAACCAGCUCCGGUCCAACCAGUUCAACCUCAGUAUAUUCCUCCUCCUUCGCAAUACGUUGCUCCUCCCCCUCCUCCUCCGGCCGCUGUUCCGGCUCCUGCCCCAGCACCUGCUCAACAAGAAGAGGUUAACGGAGGAAUCAACCCGGUGUUGGAAUACGACUUGAACUCCAUGUCAACUUUUUUGAGCUGGUGUUCUUUUGGAAUGUUGAAACAAAAUAAAAAUCCAACUAAGGAAUUUGAAAACUUGAUUGUUAGUGUGCUUUUCGCAACUAGAUUACCUAAAUCAACCAUCAUCAUUGCUUUGGAAUAUAUGAAUCAAAGAUUUAGCUCUAAACAAUUUGGUGAUUUAUCAGAAUCAGAUAUCUUUACCAAAUUAACCAUUGCCUUGAUUUUGGCUAAUAAAUUUAAUGAUGAUAAUACUUUCACUAACCGUUCUUGGUGUGGUGCCACCGGUUUGAAAAUUGAAUUGUUGAAUCAUGAAGAACGUGUUUGGUUAACUGAAUGUAAAUGGCAAUUAAAUGUUGUUAAUUUCGAAUCAAAUAUUAAAACUUUAGAAGAAUGUUGGUUGGCUUGGUUGGACAAGUACGGUGUCUCAUCUACUACUACCCAACCAGAAUUGAUCAAUACUGCAAAAUCAAACAACUAUUAUUCUUCUCCAAUCAGUUCUUCUCCUUCUUUAUCAAAUCAUCAAUCUUAUCCUUAUUCUGGAGAUUACUUACACUCAAUUCCCUCUUCUCCAGUGUACUCAAAUAAUUACUCCAAUUCAAAUAAUUAUUCCUCCCCAUUAUCUUCUUCUCCACUGAAAUACGCUCACGAUUCUAUCUGGACUAAUUACAGCUCUAAUCAACAGCGUUAUCAACCCCAUCCUAAUCAACAAAAUAUUUGGUCAUACACUCCUUCAAACUAUAACCCUUAUGGUUGUAAUGAAAUGAUUUAUAACUCAAACUUUGUUGGUUACUCAAAUCCUUACUACAGUUACAACAUUCCAACCUGUUAAUCUAUCCAAAUACUAGAUCAACAGAGGUGUUUUAUAUUGUGGUUAUAUUUAUAUUUUUUUUCCCUUUUUUUUUUUUUGAAUCUUUUCUUCAUUCGUUCGUGAUUUGUUUGUCUUUUUCUCUCUUCAUCAAUGGGCUCUUAGUUGUUUUGUUUAGAUUUGCC